AUGCCCGCCACGAAGACCGACUUCCCAACCCAAAAAAUCCAUCCAUGUCUAUGGUUUGACAAAGACGGCCUCGAAGCUGCUAAGCUCUAUACCUCCAUCUUCUCCAACAACCCUCACUCCAAAAAAGAUUCCGCCGUCGUCGAUGAAUCAUUCAUCACCAACGAAUCGGCAACGCUAGUAACAUUCAAAUUGAAUGGACAAGAAUUCUCAGCCCUCAAUGGCGGGCCACAUUAUAAGCAUUCCCCCGCCAUCUCCAUGUUCGUGACCUGUGAGAACCAGGCAGAGGUGGACUAUUUCUGGGACGAGUUAGUGAAGGAUGGAGGGAAGCCAGUGCAAUGUGGAUGGUUGACGGACAAGUUUGGCGUCUCGUGGCAGAUUGUUCCGAGGGCACUUCUAGAGCUGUCUGCUGAUGAGGAUAAGGAGAAGUCGAAAAGGGUCCAGCAAGCGAUGAUGAAAUGUAUUAAGAUGGAUGUGAAGGCGCUGGAGGAUGCAUAUAAUGGAGUGUAG